UUGCGGAUCCGUCCUCCUAAAUAUUUCUUGUUUUAGUUGACCAGUGAGCGUGUAAUGAGCGGAAGGAGUUCUAGUUAUCGGGAAAGCAAAUCCAUAUGUCUUCUUGGCAUUUAAAGGAUGUCACACCAAAUUCCUGCUGAGAGGGGAGAAAGUGGGAUCUUCAAACCUAAACCUUCUGUCUGGUAUAAUUCGAUUCCACCAGACCAAUGUGCUUUAAGAACCGCCGCCCGAUGUUCUUCGAGAGCUACCUAAUCACGGAUAAAACUGAUGGAAUGAAUGUCAUUACCAGACCCAGAAUCAGGCAUAAUCAUAGAUAAUAUACUUGUACAGCGCUGACCGUGAUGCUAAUUCCAUUUGCUUGCAUUAGAUCUGUAUCCGUGUAUUCCUUAAUUGUCUUUUAAACGUUGUAAACGCUUCUACCUCAUAACCACCACCUUCUGUUUGGAAAACUUGCCCCUCAAUCUCCUUUAAAUUUCUUUCCUCUCACUACAAACCAAGAACCUCUAGUUUUCCCACCCAAAGAAAAAGAUAUUUAACUUACCCGAGGUCUUCGAGUUUAUAAACCUCGGUGAUCACCCCUAGCCCUCCUACUUUCCAUUGAGAAUAAACCCAGCCUAUUCAGUCUCCUUAUCAGUAAAGCCCUUUAUUUGUAGGCAACAUCCUGAUUAAUCAGGGAACUUGUCCUCGUCCUCAACAGUUUCUCCUUUGGUUCCUUCCACUUUCUCUAAACUCAGGGUGUAGCCAUGGGCCCCUGCUAAGCCUGCCUUUUCAUUGGCUAGGUAAAACAGUCCAUGUUCCAAGCCUUCCCUUGUAAUGAUUCCCAACAUUUUACAUGGUAAAUAGAGACUGCAUUGGUGCUGCUUUAUUUGCCCAUGCUAAGCUUGUUAAUUUCAUUAACUUUGCUUUCAACUUCCACCCUGCCCCUUGGUGCAUUUCUGUAACCUAUCUCCCCUGUCUUGAUCUCUGUCUCCAUCACUGGAGACAAACUAUACACUGAAAUCUUUUAUAAACCCGCCGAUUCCCAUGGCUAUCUUGACUAUACCAGUUCCCACCCUGUCUCCUGUAAAGAUACCAUUCCCUUUUCUCAGUUCCUUUCCUCCACUGUUAGAGCUGCCUUUACCCCAUCUUCCCACCGCCUUAACAGAGAUAACUUCUAUUGUCCUCGCCAAACACCACAUGAUCCUCCAUAUCGAACACAUCACUUUCCACAGCUUCUGCCAUCUUCAAAGGAACCCUACUAUCAAACAUAUCUUUACCUCCACCCAAUUCUCCACCUUCUGCAUGGAUCGGUGCCUCUGCGAUUCCUUUGUCCAAUCAUUCCUCCCCAUUGACCUCCCUCUAGCACUUACCCCUGCAAGCAGCAGAAGUGCUACACCUGCCUCUCACCUCUAUUCAGGGCCCCAAGUAGCCAUUCCAGAUGAGGCAAAACUUCAUGUGUAAAUUUGUUGGGGUCAUCUAUAGUAUCUAGUACUCCUGGUGUAGCCUCCUUUUCAUUGGAGCGACCUGAUAAUGGAUUGGGGGAAUCAUGUUAUCGAGCAUCUCAGCUCCAACAGCAAACAGUGGAAUUUCCCAGGUGCUCACCAUUUCAAUUCCAGUCCCCACUAUCAUUCUGAUAUGUCGCUCCACGGCCUCCUCUUCUGCCACAAUGAGGCUACUCUCAGAAUGGAGGAGCAACACCUCAUAUUCCGUCCUGUGUGUUGGAAUGCAAGACAGGUUACCCAACAAGAAAUCACACUUGGGUCUGGAGCAGAUAUCUGUACUGGCUGCAUCAGGCAGAACAUUUCUUGGCUCUAAAAGGUGCUACAAGUUCAUUGUGGAUGACACCACUGGAGAAACAGCUGUGAUUUGUUCUGCAUUCCGACUUCUGGAAAAUCUACAGCUGGAUUGUCCAGUUGGACAGUUGUUGAAUGAAGCUGUACAGGCACAAUACAAGCAAUACAAAUCGGGAACAACCACCCUGCUUUGCCUUGCUGGAUCUUGGAGUAAAGCUGUUCUAAAUUGUAUAAGACAAGACAUUCCCAUUCCUGUCAUAGUAUCUGUGAUGUAUGAAGCACUAGAACAUUGUUUUGAGGUUCUAAAAUCAUAUCAGAUAUCCAUUGAUAGCAUUUUAAAAGUCUCCUGCUGUCAACAGAUGCCACAAACAAGUAAAUCACGCACUUCGUGUAAGUCUAGUAUAUGUCUGGAUGAAAUGUAUUCAGUAGUAAAGGGACCAACUCAGACAACAACUUCAAUUCAAGGCAAUUCCACAAAAAACAAUGUAAAUGCCUCAUCUGUGGGGUGUUUUUCAAGUCGUAUAAUUGCAUAUGCCUCUUCAGACCAAAGUAGGGAAAGCUCAAUGCACAAAGAAUUAAAAUCAAAAGUAAAGAUGAGCCGGUACUUCACAACUCCUGAAAGCUGGAAACAAGAAGAAACUUUGCUGACUUCAUCAAGCAGUUUUCAAAUGGAUUCCUUUCUGUCUACAUCUGACUAUGCCAGCUUUACAGCACUGGCUUUAUCACUGAGCCAUGGAAAUGAGCAGAUGAUGCAGUUGGCAGUAGAAGCCUAUAAAAUUCAGACUCAACAUUUAGUAACAGAAAAUGCUUGCAGAACUUUCCCUGAAUUGGAUGUUGAGAAGCUAGUUACGUAUUUCUUUCCUGGACUGCCUGAGUGCCAUUCUUGUGUUAGUGCAGGUUUAAUUGCAUUAGUCUCAGUAGAGCAAUCCAUUAUUGUCGAGUGUCUGGCAGGUUUGCCCCUGCAUACCAUACUUAUAAAUGGAGAUUUGACUGAAACGUACCAUCAUCCAGGUUUCAACAGGAUUUCAAAUAUUACUGUAGUUAAGCAGACUGUCAUAGUUAAAAGUUUAGAUGAAGAAUGGUUAGAUAUAGCAAUAGAUACACUUAAUAAAUUUCACAUUAAUUUAAUUCUGGUAAAGGGAAUAACAUCUCCACAUUUAAUGGAUAAGUGUUUGCAAGAAAAUAUUUUGAUAAUUCAGGAAGUGAAAGACUUUGUGAUUCAGAGCUUUGCAGAGGCUAUGGGAGCUAUCACUGUAAGUUACAUUACACAAGUAAAUGAACAUUGUGUGGGAACUGGGGCGCAUUUAGGUUUCUGGAAAGCUAAAAAUGCACCAAACUUGGAAGAUAAAAUUGCUGUGCAGAUAAAUACAUUUAAAACUUCUGUACUUUCAGUAGUACUUUGUAGCCCUUUAAGUUGCAAACUGCAGACAAUGGAAGAUCAAUUCUGGACUUGUGUAUAUCGUCUAAACCAUGCUCUUCGUGAGAGGCAAAUAUUUCCUGGUGCAGGAGCCACUGAACUUCUGUGUCUUCAGCAUCUAAAACAGUUAAUAUUGGAAGCAAAGAUUUUUAAACCAGGAACUGAUAAACAGUGUUCUUCAUGGUUUGCAGACACAAUAUUUUAUAGAUCACAGGUCUUACAAUCCUUGGCUGAUGGCUUGGUUGAGUAUCUUGUUACUGCCUUGUUUAAUACAGGCAUGUAUGUAACGUCACUGGAUGCUUUGGCGGAAGUGCAGCAGUGCCUUCACAGCGGUAUUGGGUUAUUUCCUAUCAUUUCAGAGGUAUCAAGGAAGCAUGUGAAUCUUGGUAUACCAAGCAUGUCUGAUUCUAUUAGUCUAAAUGAAGACAGCUUUGAGUAUAAGGUUCAUGAUAAUGUCAUUAUCAAACUGGAAGCCUGGAGAAGGGCUUUGAAUUUAGUGCUAUUGACACUGCAGGCAGAUGCUGAAAUCAUUACAGGCUGCGAAUCUAAAACUUCAGCAGCUGAUAGAAAAAUUGAUUUUUAACUCUUUUAUAUCAGUUUGAACAAAAUGUUCUGUAAAUAUGCAAUUUAGCUUGGAUCUGGAUUAAUAUGAAUAAGUGGUAUACUCUUAGCCAUUUGCAUAUCCCCUUUGAGCACUUUUGAUAUUUACAUUUUACAGGAAGUUCCGUCAGACCAGCAUCUUUUACCUACAUAGGUGCAAAGGUAUCUAAACGCAGAAGUCUUGAAGUUGCUGACAUGAUCCACCCAGCGAAUCAGUCAGUAGGCUAUAUGUCAGCUUUAUUUUAAUUUUUUCAUUGAGUAUUUCCAUUCUAUAAUGAUGCUGAAUAACACUGACAUCCAAAGACUUGAAAAAAACGUAGGCCGUUAAUAAUGUGAGAAAGUGGCUUUACUGCCUGUUGGAUAUCUUCUUAGUAAGUUCAUGGACAAGUUUCGAUUUAUAAGGAUCAUGCAGCAUAAAAACAGGCCCUCUGCCCUCUGAGACUAUUAGUAACUAAUUUGCAUAUAUCCUGCUUUUUAUACUCCUAACAGUCCCUUCAACUCCAGUAAGUUUCAAUCACACCCAUACACCAUGAAGAACAAUUUAUAAUAGGCAAUUAACCUAGAAACUAAUACUUGCUUGGGAAGUGUGAGGAAACCAGAACAUCUGGGGGAAAUCCAUGCAAUCAAGGGAGAACCUGGAAACUCCACACUCCACACCAAAGGACAGGGUUGAAUCUGUCAAUGGAGCUGUGAAGAUCUGCCAGUGUACAGUCCUUGUUCUGGCUUAAUUAAGCCUCUCAAGACACUGGCAACACACAGGGCACUGCUGAUUGGGUGCACAAGACUUUUGUUGAGCAACUUCAUCUUCCUGGUUGUACUUAAAGUAAAUGUGGGUCAAAUGGGUAUUUGACCAGUGAGUGCUGAUAUGGGCCUUUCUUGUCAGAAUGGGAGUCUAGAUUUUAUAUCACUGUCCUAAAAUGGGGUUUUGGAACUUUCAAACCUAUUGCAUCUGAUUUGGUUAUUUGGUAACUAUAACCUUUACAUUUAAUUAUACUGUACAAAUGUUUAGAUACAAUUAAAACAUAACUAGUAUUCAUUUUAUGAGAUACACUAUGCAGUUUUUGUAUUAUUCAGUUACACUUGCACAAGAUUGAAUGUUUAUGUAAAAGAAACAAGUAAUUGCAUCAUUGAGUGAUGUUCUCUAAAGGACUUUAAACGUGUGAAAUUGAAUGAUCUUAUAUUUGAUGAAAUUGUUUUAAAUACUAAGAGCUCAAUCAAUUGGGCAAUUUAAUUUAUAGAUUAUUUUUCCAUACUGACAACAAAGUAAUAACAUUUUAUUCCUGUGUUUUAAACGUUACAUGCUGCUUUUGAAUGAAACAGCUGAUUUGUGUGAAAAUCUACAUUAUUACCAUUGUACGAUUUAUUAAGUUGGAUGCUGAUGGCUGAUGCACAAAGUCAUAUUUGUUAAAUUAUACAAGACAAUGAAGAGCGUGAGGAAAAAACACAAGCAGAGCACAAAGAACGUCCUAUUGGAUCAAGAGAUAUAGAUUAUUAGAUUUUCUAUUCCCUCUUAUGUGUGCCUGUUUACAGCUACUCAUCUCUUGCAAUAUCUGUUGUAUGAUUUUAGAAGAUCAGCUUGAUGAUUAUCAAAUUCAGGCAAUAAAAUUGCUAUUUGAAUUCGUAAGGACUAAGUAUCACAUACUCAGAGCAUUGCUACAGCGAUCUCUAUUAAGAAAUGUACAAUAUUUCAUUGAUUUGAAGAAAGUGUUCCAAUUUCCUUUUCUUCGGUUGUAUGUUAAUUCCUGCAUUCAAAUUCUCUACAUUAUAAUUCCUUUACCUAGUAUAACAGAACAGAAGGUAAAGGAUGGAGGUAUCUCAAUUGUUCAGCCAUAACUAUAUUUCCUUCCUCUCUCUUCUCUCCUCGUAUAUCAUUAUUGUUUAUAGAUAAAACUGUUGAUUACUGAUACUGCUUCAAGAAUAGUUACAAAACGACAAUAAUGGUGUUUAUGGUUUGGCCUUCCCAGUGAGACAGGUGAACUUUUCAGUUACAACAAGAUGUUCGGUGCCAGUUUAAUCAUACAAGGAAGUUUAAUUUUCAGCUUAAUCCUCCAGAAUUCCAUUGACAGAGGUACAGGCUGUUCCAAAUAUAGCUAUUUUAUAUAAAUCCAUAAAGUCUAGGGUAUUUGAAUCAUCUACCUAUGGAGAUUUUCCUUUCUCUUUCAACAUACUAAUUUACUUUGGCUCUUAGUCUUAACAAAGUCUUUCCUAACAAGGCUUCCCCAGUAAUAUUGGGGAGAUUCUUUGUCUGCUACCCACAUCAUAUAAAAAAAAGACUUGUUUUCACUCAUUACUGAUAUUGGAGAAUUUGGCAAAGUGGCCCACAAAUUAGCUGUAGAACCAUCUUGUAGCUGGAUCUCUCUCUCUCUCUCUCUCUCUCUCUCACACACACACACACACACACACACACACACACACACACACACACACACACACACCCAUCCCCCACAUCUAUAUACACCAUUGCAUAACUAAAAGUUAUCAAAUUCUUUUAGUAGGAGAACAACAUAGCCAGUCUGAAAUUACUUUUGAGAACAUAAUGAGUAUUAAUAACACAGAAACUAAUGGAUUAAAAAAAUUAUAAUGAUGCCAAUAAUUAAAGAAUAACAGGGUCUUGCUUGAUACUGAAACCAAUUACCAUGUAUGUAUAAUUUAAGCUUUUAAAAGUAAAGAGAAAUGGUAUAAAUCAUUACUAUUUUACCAAACUCUCCUUUCCUAGGCAUUUGAUUAAGCUAAUCUAUAUUUUCUUUUGCUAAUUUAAGAUUAUUUUUUAUGCUGACUUAGAAUGUAGAAUAGUGGAGCACAGCAUAGGACCUUUGGCCAAUGAUGUUCUGCCGACCCUUUAACUUAUUCCUGCCUUUACAGCCCUCCAUUUUUCUAUCGUUCAUGUGACAUCCAAGAGUCUCUUGAAUGUCCCUCUGCCAUCACCCCAGCAAUGUGUUCCAUGCACUUGCAGUUGAAGUCAGAAGUUUACAUACACUUAGGUUGAAGUCAUUAAAUCUCAUUGUUUAACCACUCCAGAGAACUCAU